GCAGUCUGGAUUGAAGGAUUUGCUUGGGGAGAUGUCUAUAUAAAAGGAAAGGUUAACUUUUUAUGGAAGAUGUUACCAGUGUCAUCAUAUUCUGACACUUUUCUUCAAAAAACUAUCUCCAUGAGUUAACUUCUAGUCUUUUUUUUACGUACUUCUACUUUUCCAGUAAGACAUGAACAAGCUGAAAUCAAAUUUAAAAAAAAAAAAACAAAAACAAAAAAGCAGCUUUUAAAAUGGAAUAGGAGAAAAAGAAUAAAGUAAGCAAUUUUGAUGGACUUUUCUACAAAAACAAAUCUCCUUUUCUGCUGUUACACAGUUCCCAAGUAUUAAGUCCAAGUAGACUAUGGUUAGAUUUUACAUUUCUAUACAAAAAGUCUGCAGUUGCUGUGAAAACUACACCUUUGUAGCAACUUUCAGGAGUAUUUUCAUUGCAUUGAGACUAUAUUUAGAUAAAUAAUUUACAUUAACAUGCCUUGCGAUUGGUGUCAGACAUUACUGCAAAUGGAUAGAAAAGUUCAUCAGUGAACUAAUUUUUAAAUCUGCAUUUUCCUUUUUAAUAAAAAUAAUCGCGGGGUUUUGUGUAGGGAUAGUAUUCAGAUAUUUUCCCCUCUUGCCUGUGAAUGGGCCAUUUGUUCCCAGAGGUUCGGUGCAGUCACAGAGAGGAAGGGUGUGAGUAUGGCUGGUAAACACUGCCACACAGCUGAGCAAGGAUGUGACUUAAGUCAGGAGGAAAUAAAGCUCUGAAUGCAAGAGGAGCACCUUGUCUUCAAAAUACGACUUUAAAAUGUGUCGUUCUAUUUCUUUUAGACAUUUCCAUGAUCAAAUUAACAAUAGAAAAAAGACAACAGCACAGACAACAAAGAAAUACAAUCAUUGUGCAGGAAAGUGGGAUUUUCUUCUGUGCCAUAAACGACGGAUCCACCAAAAAAACCAGACAUUCAUAUUAUCUCGUCCUUCAGCUCUUUCAGUUUUAUUUUUUAACUAAAACCCGAAGCAGGGUUAUCGAAACAUUGCAUUGGUUCCUGACGCGGGCUUUUAUUUUGAAAGUUCACAGCGGAAAUGGCGGUUGCAUGAUCUACUUGGGAGUGUUUGGGCUCACAGAUGAUCAGAAAAUGACCAAGAAACCCCCACCUGCGUUUUAGUGCUUGUAAAUUUUGCCCUGUCCAUUUAGGCUCUAUCGAAAGGUAGGUUUGUGUUUACAAAAAAGACUGUUAAAGCGACAGUUAAGUGCAAAGACAGCGGUUGCUGGUUGAAAAGCUAGUCAUUCUUCGUUUAGCUGUGGCAGUUUUGUGCUUUGCUUUUUCCUUUGUAAGACUAACAAGCUAUGAAACGUCAGCUAUGAAUAACUUUAAGCAUUCUUCAGUAAUAUUAUUACACACAGCUUUACUAGCAUCUGUGUCGUUGGAAAGACAGCUCAUGGUUUUAUGAGAGUGAUAGCUGUUAAGCUAACACCGUUAAGCGGGUUAACGCCAUCUAUGAAGAGUAUGACGCGCUCGUAUUCAUUGUGGUUGCCUGGUAACAGCGAAAUUAAAGACACAGUAACGUUCUCGAAUGUACAGUUAAUCAAUAUGAACCAUGAUCCAGACAUUCUUCACUUCUACUGUGUCACUGUACUUUACAAUGAUGUCAUUACGCUGAUUGAUACAGAUCAUUUGAGCUGUCGUGGUGCAGAAUUCUACAGCCCUGUUUUCUAGAUGGCUGACAACCUUCGUACAAUCGAAGUAUAAACAGAAUGUGAGACUUUUGUAAACUUUGAAACCUCAUGAAUGAGAAAGACAAAACAUGAACUAUUUCGACAGAAAAAAUGAUUAUAUUGGACUGGAAAUGAGAGAGAUCCAGCCAGCAUAUUAUAAAUGCCAAUAGCCAGCUUUGCUAAUGGUGUGGUGGUGCACAUAGCAUAGGUAGCAUGCACAGCUGUAAAAGCACCUGUAAUGCUGUGAAGUAGAUGACUUUUAGUCGAGGUCUUGCUUGUUUUAGCAAGACAAUGUAACCUUAUACAUGGUGUGUGUCUCCCCUUUUUUCGUUGUGACCACCUGAGCCAAGUCAUGACAAAACCUACAGCAGAAUGUCUCUUAUUUUAUAUUGAUAUUUGACCAUGGAUCUGCUGUGACAACAAACCAUGUGACAACGCCUGUCUUCUGUGUGUUUUUAGGGUACUCUGCCCCCCCACCUUAGUUAACCCCAAUUGGAGGGAGUCAACUCUUCACUGCCGAGCAAUUGCUGCCCAUCUGCUACUGUCAGUCAUUCCUCCUGCUGACUCUGUCCUGUGUUGUAGUGAUUACUAUGGGAUAGCACAGCAUCUUCUGUUCUCAGCUGGGUUGUAUGACUUAGCCAAAAAGAGAUGGAUGAUGAGCUUGGGAGCUUCAUCAAGGAGCGAAAGGCCAGAGUAGCAGAAGAUAAAGCCUGUUUGGAGCAAGACCCUCCUUACAUGGAAAUAAAGGUGUGUUGGGAUGAUGACUGUUGAGUAAAUGAAUCUGAUCUUGUUUUCUCAGACUUAGGUUAAGGUCCAGGAUUGUAUAUUUUCAUGACAAAAAAUAUCAACUUGAUCAGAUUCCUGAGCAAUCCUGACCUUGUGUUUAACCAUACACUUUGUGUGUGUAAAUAAAAUACACUAAGUUAAUGACGCAUUUCUUCUGUGUUCUUGUGUCACAAGAGAAAAACAUGACAACCAUCAAAUGUUUGUACUUUGUUUUUAACUUUGCAAUUCAAGAAAAAUCAUUUAAAAAAAACUUUUUGUAUGAAAAAACUACAGAGAUGAUCCUGUUGUGGUGAUAUUGUUGUGCCUUUUUUGACCUCAGAGGGUGUAUGGAUCUACUUCAAAGGAGAACAUACCUCCCAAGUCAACAGAACAGAGGAGAGGUAUGGUACAUAUUCAAAUAUCCCUCCUCUAAGUUUUCUAGUACAGUUCCAUUUCAGUUUUUUUGGGUUGAAUGAGCCAAGAUAGGUGAAAUCUAUCAGUUACCCCUGUCACAGAGCAAUGUGUAUCACUGUAGUUUUUGAUCUUCAAAGUAACAAUUUUCCUGUAUUGGCAUGAAACCCGUCGCCAUGUGUUGCUUUUAAAAACUGAUGAUUGUAUUUUGUCAGAGGAGAAUUGCAGUUUGGGUCUUCCCCUGGGUGUGGAGUAUGAGAGGAAGAAACAGAGGCUGCAGCAUGAGCUCCGUAUGGACUAUAGACGCUACAUGGCUCAGGUAACUUCCACAUACAUAACUGUUUACUUUGUAAAAGGCUGUUGCUGAACUUGAUGAUCAGUUCAGGGUGUGAUCCAGGUUUGUUGUUUUUUUUAUGUCACAUUAUUUCAUUUUUUUUUAUUAAGCUGGGAAGCCGAGCGCUUGAUGUUGUGCCAUCCAUGACCGCAUUGCAUCUGUGAUCCAGUUCUGUCACCCUAAGAGCACCAUUUUCUAGACUGAAUGUAUUGGAUCUCGUUGACGGUGUUUGUCCCGUUUUUUCUCAAGACUUUAUUCAUAUUAUUUCAUUUUACAAACAAAAACAAAUACCCCAAUAGCUCACCAGCCCUAAUCUUACAAAUAUGGAAACAGCUAAAAUAAAUACAUGCGUAAUUAUAUUACAGCAAAAGGGAAAAGUGCAAAAUAAUUUAGCUUACAGCUGUAAUUGUAGUGAAUAUAAAUCUAUACACAUACAGGCAAAUACUCAUAUAAUAAUAAUAAUGAUAAUAAUGUCUAAAAUGAAUAACAUUUCUCCUGUUUAAGGAGCAGCUAUGGCUCAGUAGAAGAGUUGGUUGUCUCCCAUUUGGAAUCUCGGAGAUUCAAUUCCAGGGCUGUCCACAUGCUGAAGUGUCCUUGGACAAGACCCCUGCCCCCAUGGGUGCAGCCUGUCAUUUGUGUGAAUGUGGUAUGGACUGACAUUAGGGUUUAUUGUAGUGAGCUUGUCCUGUAAGUUGUGUAAUACUUAAAAUAAAACAGUCUGAUACAAACAGAAAUGGUGUGAAUGCAGUCCAUACAAAGUUGCCAAAACUCCCUAGAGAGUUCAAUAUUAAGGUCCUGUUGCCAUGCCGAUAUUCUUGUUCCGAUGAAGGUAGACUGGUAUCUUGGAUCAUGAUGUAGAUUUUAGAAAUAUCUUUUAUGUACAGGUUCAAGGCCAGUGUGUGGAUGUCUGAAGUGUUAACUCGCAAAGAUUUUGAUUUAUCAAAAUCUGAAAAAAAAUGUUUUAGGAAUAUUACACAUUAUACUUUCUCUUACAGUGGUUUAAAUAAUACAAAUGUGCAUUUAACAAAAAAUGUCCCCAUUGGGAUGAACAAAGUUCUUCUUAUCUUUGAAAAGAACAAAUAAGAACUGUGGUUUCAAUUUGGGAAGGGAGAAAAAGAUGGUUAUUUACCAGGGGUGAAAAUAGGGAUAACUGAUAAACUCUAAACGGAAACAAAAUUUUAGAGAUUGCUUGAGGACAGGAUUAUGUAUCUGAGGAUGUGAAGCCACAGGUACUGAAGAGCACUGUAAUGAGACAAGCAAAUUGAUGGAUUGCUUUCUAGUUCAGUGCUAGCCAGAUUAUUCCCCUGAAUGGAUACCCAUUAAAUUUGUAUUUGCAGCCCAGUAGUAAUAACUUAACUUCAGCGCCUUCAGAAACAUUUUCUCAUUCUUGAGACAGAUUUGCUCCAAACAAAGAAAGUAAUCAAAUUACUGAUCUCCUUGAAGAAGAAAAAGAAUGAUAUAAACAACAUACAAGAAACAAGGUAAAGCAGUCAUCUUAACCGUAUUCACUCUUCCUGCAUAAGAAAUGGGUAAUGAUGACCUUCUUGACAGAGCUUGUUUGGUAUGUUCUAAUAAAGUGUAUAAUGUAGCCUGAAAAUGUCACUUGACUUAUGUUUGCAAAGAGUUUACGACUUGAAGUUGGUGUCAGAUAUGAAACAAGUUUGUGCAGAUGUAAUGAUAAAUUAUCACAGAAUCCAAGAAACAAUCACAAAGAUUUAGGGGUGAUAAAAGGGUAAAUUACACUCUUUACAAUUAACCAGUAAUGUGGUGAAGUUGAAAAGCACAAAUUGCUUUGUCAUUUUGAAGAACUUUGUCCCCUUUAGUUGAGUCUUGGUCUCUCUGAAGGGUGAGUAAUGCAGUGUUAUUUUCAUUUUAUUUUACAGAAGAAGCACUUGGACCCUGCACAGUCUGGGCCAUUAAUGCACCUUAAUAACAGGAGGUCCAUCAAGGUAAUUGUGUUUUCGCUUGAUUAACAUUCCCAGUGUAGAUCCUCUGAAUUUUAUGCUUGUUACCUGAGGGUAAUAUGGAAAUGGUUGAUGGGGCUGAGGAGAGACACAAUUUGUUACAGGUGGAAAAAUGUAGAAGUAGUAAACUGUUGAGUACGGUUGCUCGAUGUUAUGGAGAAAUGAUUUAAAUAGUUUUUAUAAAACAGAAAAAUAAUUAAAAUACAAUAGUUACUAUUUCAAAACAAUGUUGAAAUUAAAUAGUUCAAUGAAACAGGAACUGUUACCAAUGCCUGUAGUUAUCAGUUAUGCUUUUAAUUAUGUCAGGAAUAAUGUGCAGUUUGCUGGUUCAUGAAGGUGUCUCUAUGUCAGGACUCUAUGACAUACUCACUGGCUAACUGUAUAUUAUCAUACUAAUUACCCACUUACCAAAAAACAUGGUGAUGCCAUGUGUUCUAGAAAUAACUUUAUCAUUUUUAUUGUUUUAUUGAUUUUUAGCUUUUCUGUGACAAAGGUAUUUUCAACAGUGAACUUAGAGGCGGUGUCAUUCAUGGAAACGCUUUAUUAUGCUCAGUUCUUAUAAAUCGCACUAAACCAUAUACUGUAUUUAUGGCGAAGUCAAAACAUCUGCAUUAACUGUUGGUAUUUUAAGAGAUGCAGAAAUUAACUGUAACUUCUUUUUGCUCAGCCAGUCCUGUUUACCCACACUGUGCUGUACAUUGUUGUUGCUUUGUUUCUGCUUUCUUCAGUUUGGUUGAUGUCUCUUCGACUCAUCCUCUUGUACGUCUUACCUUCACUUGUUCAUUUCUGUGGCGUUCUGCCUCCUCCCUUGUUUUCCUCUGCUGGUGACUGGUCGGUCAGUAAACACCCACUAACACUGUCAGAAAGUAAUGUCUUUGUCACAUUGGCAACAGGGAGAGGUGAAAUCACCAACAGCAGUUAUACUAAAUGUGCUGUGUGACUUUCCUCAUAUUGAAUAGAUGUGUAUGACAUGUGGGGUUGACCCUAGCGUUUCCUUAUGCUUCUAAAAAUUAAUAACAAUUAUAGAAGGGUUUUGACCUGUCAGAAUUAAGUAUUUGCAAUAAAGAUUGAUUUGACAGCUGGGUAAUAAAACUGUACAUCAGCGGAGGAUAAAUACUUAUUAUAAUAUAUAAUUAUUAUGGAUGGAGCAGAUGGACACAGGUGAAGGGUAUGGGCAGGAUAUGUAUUAAGGAAAGAUCAAUAAAGUGGUCGGCUGAUCAAUCAGGCAUAUAAUUAGCACUUUGACAUAAUUGGCAUCAUAAAGACAACACCAGAUAUCACCAUAUCCUUUCCUAACAAACACAUUUUCACAUUAACAGCAUAUCAAAUCCAAAACUGUCAUUCUCAAGGGCUUUAAUAUUGUUGUAUUUUAGAGUAUUUAGUAUUGACAGCAAUACCAGACAUGUUUAGUAAUCUACAGCAUAACCCAAUAUCUGUGCCUUUCCACUGAUUCAUUACAAAAUCCUUCUAAAACAUGUUAUUGGCCAAAACAACCAUGUGUGUUAGAUUAUUUUUUUAAAGUUGUAAAUAUUAUUAAAUUGCUGUAUUUUUGUCAAAUGCCAAAAGGAACCAAGCCAAAAAUAAAACCAAACAAGAAUAAAAAAAACAACAUAAUAUAAUAUUGACAUUAUAUAUCAGCAGUCUGCAAACCUGCUCUCUUAUAAUCUGUGUCAGCAUCAGCACUGAAAAAAUUCUAAUCGGUUGAUCACUGUGUGUGUAUUCAAGAUAAAUGUGUUUGAGAAGUGCACUGCCAACUGGCUUGAAUACUGAAUAUGUGGUCUGUUCUGUAGACCCUUCAUUCAGCCUCAGACUAAAAUCCUGUCUCUUUCAGCUGAACUUGAUUGGAGACCAGACUGAUAUACUCCCCAGCCAGCAACGCCUCUUAAGAAGAGAUGCAGCUACUCUAACAGAAGGAAGUCGAGGGUUGCAAAGGACUUUGCAUCUCAUAGAGGUCCAGCCCCUCUGCACUGAGAAGGAUGAAGAGCAGUCCUCAGUCCCCCUCAGGCUACGUGACAGACUUGGGAAGACAAUAGAUCAGGAGUCAGAGGAGGAUGAAUUCUUCAAGGAAGACCUCAAGGGGACUGAGAGUAGACAUACACGGGUUGAGGACAUUUAUGAGAGGGGACGAUCCAAAGAGACUGAUGGCAGGUACUUGGAGGAAAUUUUAACCCUUUGAUUAGUUUGUUUAGAGCAAAAUUUUUUGUCCUAAUAUAUUCUGCUGCUUCUCUCUGGAUUUUCCUAGGGACAAAGGGGAGACUCCAGCAGGUAUUACAAAAGGAGGCUGGAGAUCCAGAGCACUGAGCAGAAAAGAGGAUGCAGAGUUUGCCACUGGCCUUAUAAUAGGUUGAUACACAUUUCACAAUCUGAGCUGAGUUGUUAGCUUCAAAACUAAAACUCAAACAUUUAUAAAUAUGAACUUUUAAGAAGUGCUUAUUCUCAAAUAAGAUUCACCUUGUGUUAAUUCUCCCGGCUAGGUGGUGUCUUUUGGAGUACUGGUUUGGUUAAAGUGAAAUAAGUGUUUUAAAUGAUAGCCACAAACUAUGAAUGAUAAUCUUGUUUUACUCUCAUUUAUUUCAGGAUUAGCUGACACAAAAGAUGCCUUACAGAGGAGGAAGGAGUGCUACAGACAGGAGCUGCAGGAGCAGAUAGCUGAGCAACACAGAAACAAAAAGAGGUACUUUAGUACUAAUCUCUUUAAGUGGGCAGAUCACUUGUUUGCAGGAAGACUAGAAACUAUUAUCUCACCUAUUUGAAGUUAAGGACUUCUACCGUCUUUAUCACACAUACCUUUCCUCUUAAAAUUAUAAAUGAGCAGGACCCUGAAUCUCAUUUUUUGAACACCCUUCUUACUGAGUGCGGUACAUUUAUGCGUAACUCUGUCAAACUUAUUGCAGGGAGAAAGAUUUGGAGCUCAAAGUUGCUGCAACUGGGGCAAAUGAUCCUGAGAAACAGGUCAGUGGCUUCUGGAAACAACAUUGACUUUAGCUUAAAAGAUUGUUGACAGUUUUUAUGCUCACAAUGGCUGAAUACAGAGUCCCACCCAAACUGUCUGACAAGGAAUACAUAACCAUAGCUGCUGGUUAUCUAUGUUUGCAGUUCAAGUCUGUGAAAUGAAAAAUAAAUAGGCUGAUGACAUAAUUCAUAAACUGUGUUUACCUGCAAGCUCAGUAUCAGAAGGUGAUUUGAUGCCAUUCACUGCACAGGUUGAUAUUAGAAGGUGAAGGAUCAGAGAGUGUCCGCAGUGUCAGUCUAGAGAUAUCAUUGUAUCAGCACAUUAUGUCCUCAUCUGUUGCAGCUUAACCACAGACAUAUGUUGACUUCAUUGAUCAUGCACAGACCAGACUGACGGGCUAAACAAACACUCUGCAGUAUAUACAGUUUUGCACGUUGAAUAUGACAACACCAGGCCUAGAAGUUUGAGUUCAGACUCCAGCAGUCUCUGAUUCCUCUGUCCCUCUUCGGUUGAAGUUACACUACCUCCCCUUUUGGAUUAUUACCAUGUGGAGUAAAUUGAUGUUCUCAGCAGGAGUGAGUGCUGUUUUCCUGAGCUUUAUUGUAGCUUUGCAAUCCACUGUUUAUCUAUGAAUACAGCAAACAUGUCUGAGACUGGGUGUGCUCAAAGUUUUAUCCACGUCAACGUUCUUUUUUGAACACUGGACUUAAUGUUAGACUUAUUUCUAGUCUGGUUUUAUUUGAAAGUAACCAGCAAAAUAAUCUUAAAAAACCUAAAAUACAAUGGCAGAAUCAUGAUCAGAGUUUUAUCACCGAUAUAAAAGGGUGAUUUUGACCUAGUAUUUACUUUCCUGUCUUUUAAAGCCAGGUGAAAAUCAGUCUCAAAAUCUCACUCUGACUUUCUUGAUUUUAUUUAUAUUUAACUUUUGUUUUAACCAGGAAUGUCCUAUUGAGAUUAAAAACCUCUUGUUCAAGGGAGUCCUGGCCCUAAGGCAGCAAAAAGUUGAAGUUUCAACACAAUUAACAUGACAUACAAAUUAGAUCAAACAGUUACACGUUAAGGAGGCUCUCUCAAGUGCUCUCAGUCUGGAUUUAAAGUCAUUCAAUGAGAUAAGGUCUUUUAGUUUCCUGUCUUUUUGCAACAGGUUCCAUGUAGAAGAGGCAGAGAAGACAAAAGCCUGUUUUUCCCUGCUCAGUGUGAGCAAAUAGAACAGUGAGCAACAAAUUAUUGUUUGAACGCAAACUGUAAGAAUCAACACUUCUCUGUGUGAUUAAAUUACAAAUGUAUAGGGCAGCAGUCCAAGCAUGGCCUUAUAAAUAAAAGUGUACCAGUGAGCCAACCUCCUGAUUGAUUUGAUUUGAUCAUUUCAAACAAGGUCAGUCUUGUGCUCCUGCUUUUUUCCCACAACCCACCAGAACACAUUUUAUUAUCAUUUAAUAUUUCAUUUCUCUGUUGACCAACCAGCCGGACCGAAUCAGACAGUUUGGUAUGAGCAGGAGAAAGGAUCAUCAGGUUGUGGAGCCUUCAGCAACAGGAGAGGAGAAAUCCUCAUCCAGAGGUCUGUCUUACCAUGAAAGGAGAUUCGUAAAAGACAGAGAGACUUCUCCCCCUGAGCAGCCCCAUGUGGCCUUCCAGUCUCCUUUGCUGGAAUACAGUUCUGCCCUGGGACUGGGGGGUGACGGUCUGUCUCCUAACAGCCAGCCCUCUGCCUCCUCCUUCCCCAGAGCCAUUGACACUCCCAGGUAAACCUUUACAUUUCACUUGAGUGAAUGUUCCUUUAAAAAACUUUUUGGAUUGUGUUUACUUUGGGGACCUCGUGGAGAGACAGAUACUGCUUGCAUUUUUGCUGAUCUUGUCCUGUACGUCAAAAACUAUUGGUUUUCCAAAAAAGACUCUUCCUGCUCUUUUUUGUUGGUCAGAUGUUUCAAUCAUUGACACUCCCUUGCAAUGGAGACGGUAAAAUCAGGCUGUUUCAGUAUUGUACAGUCAUUUUCCUUGUCUGACUCUGUGACCCUCCGAAGUGGUUUCAGUCAUUGAUAACAGAAAAAUCAAUCCUGUGGCGGGUGGUUUUGUUUGCUCUUGUAGCUUACAAGUUACAAUUCUUAUGGUUUCUGUUGAUGUAGCCUCAUAAAGGUCCUCACUCAAUAAAUGCAAUGAAUUACAUGACAGCGAUUUACAGCAGUAAAUUUGAUGUGUCUCUGAUGUAUAUUAAACUGAAGUAGCUCUGGAUUGAAUGCAAAAUAAGCCAUUCAUGAUGUUGUAUUGUGUGUUUCUAGACUUCCCUUGUUCCCUCCUCCUCAUCCUCCUUCGACUCUCAGUGAAGCCUACAGGAGCCCAUAUGGAGAGCCCCAUCACUACUAUGGCACCAGAAACCUACUUGACCCAAACAUGGCCUACUGUAAGCAAGCACCCCCUUUUUUAAAUGACAGUUGUUAUGUUCUGAUGAUAAUGUAAUGAACAAUGUAAUGAUCAGAAGUAGGCUGCACAAGUUAUCCUCACAACUCUAAGUCAUGUUGUCUGUUUAGAUGGUCACCUCUCUGUUCCUGGGGCUGGCCUCCCAAUGCCUUACUGGAAUGCACCACCAGGGGGAGCUGUUCCCUGUCUGUCUGGUAACCACAGCCCUCACAGCCAGCACAGUGGGAGCAGCUUUCCAGAUGCUCCAAGACAGUAAAUAUCUUCUUUAAUUGCAAAGAAUGGUCAGACAAUGGCUAUCAAUAGUUCUGAAGUGUCAGUUUAGGUAUUUGCUCAUCCAGCACACAUGCAUCUUAACCAUCAGGUUAAUCAACUUGAUACAAAUGUCUUUGUGCACAAGCAGAUCUCAAAAAUGAUAACAUAUAAUGUAAGAUACUGUCUUCCACUGCCUAACCUAAUAUUUGCAGGGUUCUGCUUUGAUACUUAAAUUUCAAUUUUGACUUUUUACCAUGUUGAAAUUGGAUCUAUAAAAUCAAAUGCCAUUUUAGUGAGAUACUGGAUUGCACAAAACAUCAUGGUCAAGUCUGAAAUGUGUGUUUCUGUAACUCUCCUCACAGGCCCAGCAGUGAAGCAACCACUGUGGACUCACAAGUCAGAAUCUUCCAUUCAGAGAAAUCCCGAUCACCCAGAGACAGAAUAAUGAGCUACAGAGAUGCUUUGAAGCAGCAGGUCGGUGAAGCAGCUUUUUCUUUGACAUGUGAAACUGCCUUGAACAGAUCAGCCUUUUUCAUGCAUUCUUGUAAACAAGACAUUUCAGUUUAGGGAUAUAAAGAGAAGAGAAGUUUUGGUCCUGAGAUUUUGAUCUGGCAGAUCUGUCAAAAUAAAAAAAGUGACAGGAUACAUGAAUUAAAGAGAUAUUCUGGCAUAAAAUGAAUUUAGGGUCAAACACACCGUAACACUGAGUUAGACAGCCCCCCUCGAGAGAUGAAUGUUGUCGACCGCUUGCUUUUCUAGUUAUACCAACUUUAGUAACAACCGCAGAUAGCAAUACACAGCGGUCUGAGGAGCCAUAAACAAACCUCAACCAAAAAGCCGCUCUAUAGCCACAAAUAAUACUCAGAACAGCACCUAACUUCAUCAACUGUAUAUAUAGCCAUAGCACUAGCCAUAAAACGUCUUCUUAACUUUGCCUAAUUUCUUUAGCAAAGAGACCAAACACAAUUUACCUACUCUCUUCCAGCAGCCACUUGUUUGUAGCCAGACCUCGACCAGUCCAUUACGGACUACAGUGGGGGGACGCAGUUGAAGGAAGAACAUUUAUGAUCAUUUCUUCAUGGAAAUGCAAUCAGACUGAGAUGCUAAGGCAGAAGAACUACCGCGUCUGCAGUGCACAAUGAUUAAUAUGAUGAUUAUUACUUCAAUGAAAUGGCGGAGAAAUGAUCUUAAAUGUUCUUCCUUGAGCUGCGUCAAGUAAUGGAUUGGCCUCAGGUCUCGCUACAAACAAGCGGUUGCUGGAGGAGAGUGGGUGAGUUGUGUUGAGUCUCUUUGCUAAAGAAAUCAGGCAAAACUAAAAAGAUGUUUGAUAGCUAGUACUAUUGCAGGGACCCUACAUGUACUGUUGAUGAAGUUAGGUGCUGUUCUGAGCAUUAUUUGUGGCUAGAGAGGCGUUUUGGUUGAGGUUUGUUUAUGACUCCUCAGACCACUGUGUAUUGCAAUCAUGCGGUCAUUACUACAGUUGGUAUAAGUAGAGAAGCAAGCGGUCGGCAACAUUCAUCUCUGGAGGGGUUGUCUAACUCGGUGUUACAGUGUGUUUGACCCUAACUGAAUUUCACGCCGGAAUAUAGGGAGUGUGUUGAUUUAGUAUGAAGUGAAAUGAAGCCAGAACAAUUUACAGAGGUGGUGAAAGAUUUUUAAACUCAUGCUAUUGGAUACUUUGAAUCUUGUUCAUGGGAUACAGACACCUGUAACAGCUGAGCAUGAGCAGCAUCAGCAUGGGUAAGAAGAUCUGUUUAGUUCAGGCAGAAUGAAAUUAAGUGGUAUCAGGUAACUUCACUGCAUCCUGGUAUGUGAUAUUUUGGCAGGAUGCUUCCCGGAGAUCAAGCAGUGAGUUUCACAACAAGGUAAAAUUGAUGUAGUUAAGACACAGAGCUAGUGUUGUUCAAGCCCUAAAUAUUAGUGUCAGAGUCCUUGUCUCACUGCAAACCCUCCACUUCCUUUGCCUCUGCUUUAUUGCUCCCAUCAGCCUGCAGAUUUACGGAUCCACCUCUUGUUCCUUCCUUAAAAGGUACAAUGUGUAGUAUAGCAGCAUUUAGCGGAAAAUACCUUAAUAGAAGUGGACUGGAGUAUUCAUUGUAUGUUUAAAUUAGGCUCCAAUCACCUAAAUUCAAAAAUGAAUUACACUACCAUGUUUCUACAGCACAGACAAACUAGCAGCCUGUGCUUGUUUGUGUUUGGUGAGUGGCUCAGUGAGAUGCACUGCUUGGAAGACUGAAAAGAGGAAGAGGAGAGCAAAUGUUGUGUAAAAGAAUUUAUGUUGAUCAUGUUGGUUAAAAUCUGACAAAUGGAGGACUACACUUAUCAUGCAUCACAGGAGCUUGUUCCUGAAGGCCACUGCAGCUUCGCCCAUGGGGAGGGGUGAGCAAGAGAGCAUUUCAGUCUAGAAUCUGACUACUAGAUAUUGCUGAAUAUCCUCAUUUCUACACACUGUACCUUUAAGGCAUGCCCCUGUUUUACUCCUCUGGGUUUUGGAGAGUAUGUUUUAACACUAAUGGCUCAUGAGUUGUAUUCACAACCUUUAUCUGCAGAUAUGUGUUAUGUUUGAAUUCAAAUCUGAAAAUUAACUUAUUACAUAUGAUUAUUCUGUAUGAAAUAAAAUGUGUGUUUUUGUCCAGACACACACUUGGAUUUAGUUUUAUACAAACCAGUGAAGUUUGGAUUUUUUUGUAAAACAUGAAUAAAAAAGAAAACAAUGAUUUCAGAACUUUUUCCACCUAAAUUCACCUGAAUACUCUACAAAGAUAUUCAAUGUUCAAACUGAUCAACUUAAAUGUUUUUCUGUAGAUAUUCACUCAUUUUGAAUUUGAUUUACUAACUCGUUCCUAAAAAGCUGGUUCAGGGUCACUGCAGAUGAUCUCUAGUCUGGGGUCUCUGUUGUCAUAUUUUGCGCUUCAUAAUGCUCCACACAUGUUCAGUGGGAGACAGGUCAGUGGGAGAUUGUAUAAUGUUUUUAUUUACUUUUAACACAACGUCCCAACUUGUAGGGUUUGUAUUAUAUUUUUGGUUUUACUCAGUAUUUUGAUUAAUUGUAAUUUUGUGGUAAAAUUUACUUGAAUGUAGAGAUAGGGAUCUAUAACCAUUAGAUACCUUAUAUAGCAUUUUUCAAAAUUCGAAAACAAAAUCAAAAGGCCCAUGAGGUUUUGCUGUACAUAGAGUUAAGUCACCUUGUGUCAAGUAGAUUGUUGGUGCACACACAUCGAUACUUUCUUAUCAAGUGUCUGAACCGUGAACAGGUGUAAAAGUACAUGACAAAGAAUUUUAGUGGUCAGGACAAUGGCUGAACAUGGGAGCAGGUCGAUUCCACCAAAGCUGAAGACAGAGACGAAACAAAAUUUUAUUUAUGUUUGAAAAUGAUUUCUUAUGAGGGGGAAACAAAACCUCAGUGACCAAGCACGUCAACACCGAGCAUCAAACCAAGACAAAAAAAACACAGAACCUUUGACUGUCUGAAGCUUUGACCAACUCCAUCAGCUGCUGCUGCUGUAAAAAUCAUCAUCCAGUGUUGAAGUCAACAUUGAAAUCCAGGUUGAUUCAGCAGGAUAAAAGCCAGUUAGCUAACUAACCCAAGUGAUAUAAGAUUACAUUUUGAGAGUUUCAGGGUCGGGUCGGUGAAAAGAGAAUUAUGUAUAAAGUAAAUAAUACAUUAUCAUCAUGUCUUUAAAUGUCAGGUCCAGAAAAAAAAGGUUUUUGGUGAAAUAUUUGUGUAAGUACUAUAGUUUGAAUGGAAACAAAAAUAGAAAAGACUCAACAGUGGUAUUGAUAAGGACUCAGAAGAGUCUUGUCAUCUAUACAAAUGAAUGAUCCCCAUCCCUACGUUAAAGUGAUGAGCUUACCUUGCCGCACUCAGCUAGUGUGAGAUAAUGACACUCACACCUAAAAGCAGACAAGAGGUCAGAGAGUAUUUCUCAGCGUUCAAAGUUAACUUAUGGGGUUUAAGGACUGUGAUAUAAGCUUGAAAAUACUGUACCACAGAUCCAGGAGCAACAGGAGCAGAGGCGUAAGGAGAGAGAAGAGGCAGAACGGUAUGAAGCCCAACUGGAAAUGGACAUGAAGAACCACCAGCCCUGGGGUCGAGGAGGAGGAGGAGCCCCUCUUCGAGACAGCACUGGAAACCUCAUUGGUAGAUCAGAGAGCAUCAGAGAUGCUCUUUCUUAAAGUUGUACACCAUGAAUAUUUCUGACUUAUUAUCAUUCAACCUGAUGUUUGUUUCCCCAGCUGACCUAAACCAGAUGCACAAGCUGAACGAGGAGGCUUACAUUAACCCAGAGCAGUGGCAGAGAAGAGCCACAGCCACCACCACGGCCCGCCGGGUGGAGCUCCCUGACCCUAAUGAGAGGGUCUCAGGUACUGUACCAGACAUAAGUCACAGAAUCAGGGACUUUCCUUACACUUGAAAACGUCACAGUUUGUCCCACUGUGUAAUGAGGAAAAUUGAACCUAGUCGAGUAACAUCUUUGGUUCUUUCAGUGAAAGUUUCAGAGAAGGCUCCUUGCACACCACAGGCUGUCUUAUUGAUGGACCUUUGAAUCUUUACAAGUCACACAGAUUCUGUAAUCAUCAUUUUAUCAGUCAGAAAAGGGUAUUUGGUUAAACUCACAGCAGAAUUUCUUUUCUCCCCCUCCUGUGAUAGGUUUCGCCCACGUCCAAACCCCCCUGUUUGCCAGGGGCAAUGUCUUUGCCAACCAGCCCUCCCAGCAACAGCUCCAGGAGCAGGACAAGUACAAAGCUUACCUCAAACAGCAGGUACAGCUUUUAACAGCUGGUGGUCCAGUCAGCUGCUGUGGCUUUUAUUGAGCUUCGCAUUUGCUGCCAGGCAGUCAUUAGGUAUUUAGACCUCUAAAAAUGUAGCAAGCUGCUUUUAGAAUAACACAGAUAAAUUUGUUUACAGCAGCACAAGCCAGAAAGAGGUUUUAUUUGUGCCCUAGUUCAACAGCCUGAAAUUAAAAGUGAUUCAGGCUUCUUGAGUUGUGGUAUUUGGUUGAUGCUGUCUCAUUAACUGGAGUUUGUGAACAGAUCGAUGAGAAAAUGCGCAAAAAGGCAGAGGAGCGAGAACGGACGAGACUAGAGGAAGAGAAAGAAGAGAGGAGGUUGGCAGAGCAGAGGGCCCGCAUUCAGAAGGAGUACGAAGAGGAGCAAGAGAGAAAAAAACGAAAGGAGAUGGAAGUACGGAUCCACAAAACUGAGAGUUCACUGUCUGUUCUCUGUCUGGUUCUCUUCAGUUAUUUUUUUUUCGUCUUCUCGCACCUCUUUCCAUUUGUCUUACUCUUUGUCUCUCAGCAAAAAGCCAAGAAUGAAGAACUGAUUCAGCUUGCUGAACAGAAGAGGAAGGAUGCAGAGAGGAAGAAAAAGGAGGCAGAAGAGAAAGAGAACGCAGAACUGAGGAGGCAGUACGAGAGAGAGAGGCAGGCUCGAGUGGAAGAGGUUUGUACAGAGUUCUAUUUCUCCUGCUUUAAUAUUUUGUACUGAUCAUUUCAAGGUGAGAUUCAUCUCUCAGCCUCGGUUUAGGAUGCAGAAGCAGUCGGUGGCGGCGGAUUGACCCAUAUGAGCAAAUGAAAAGUUGAUCAAACUUCUUGAAUCAAUUUUGAUGAUGUAGUCCUCCCUCGAUCUCUGAAGAGAAUUACAUUCACAUGAGAAACUACACUUCAUUAUAUCAACCAUUUUCAAACCUUAUGAAGUAAACUGCUGGCUGUGUGCUGUAGGUCUACAGGGAGCCCUCACCCCCCAUCCCCACUUUACAGAGGAAACAUGGGCUACACCAGUACACCCCCAGGCCCCCCACUGUGGACAGCCUGCGUUCUCCUGCCCCCCUUUCUGUGAGUGUUUUUCACACACACACAGACACAUUUUUCCAAACAGUAUUGAUUCAAAGAGACUAUUUUCUCUGCAGCUCUUUCACGGUUAAGUCGAGUCAUCAGUGCAAUCUCAUUUCCUCUGGGUUACCUUUUUUUACACCUUUAAUGUUUUCCUGUUUCUCUGUCAGGAGCGCUCUUUGUCUGGUCUCCAGUCCCCCCCUGUUCCUGCUUGUAGGAAUCAGCUCCGAGCUGCAGGUACUGUAGAGGCUGUGUGGUUGUGUUUAAAUAUUUCAGCAGGUUGCAGAAUCUGUUCCAUAAUUUGUGACCAGCCUCUCAGUUAUAAAACAGUCCUUAUUAAAGGUGAACAAAUGCCAAAUACCUGGAAAUAGCUUGUUCAGUGCAAAUAUACAGAGAAUAUAUUAGAGAUAGAAAAAAAAAUACAAUAGAUAAAAGUAUAAUACAGCAGAGGAGUGGUACAUAUGUACACAUCUACCUUCUGUGCCUAUUGUGUCUAUGUAUAAACACACUCACAUACACAUGCAUACCCAACAACCAGAAAGAUGAUUGUGCUGUUCAUAUUAACACACGACCUAAAGGGCAGGUGGUGGUCACAAUCUGCACUAUUUUAUUUAUGUAAAGAGCAUUUGAUGAGUCAGCAUUCGUGUAAACAAAAAUACUCUGCACAUACUUUGUGUCCAGUCAGGGUUGAGAGGGGGUUCAGAGUCCAGUGUUUUGGGGGGUAGAGGGGGGAAGUGACAGAGAAGGGAGAGAGUUUGGCUUUCUGACAGCCUGGUGGGUGAAGCUUCUCAUAAGUCUGGGAGAGUGGGCCUGGAGGCUCUAGUACCUUCUCCUUUGAAGGUUCAGAUUUUUAUAUUGCUGGCAGUCAAGUGUCACCCCCCCCUCUAUGACACUAUAAGGGUUAAGGGUAGUUGUUUGUAAUGUUUGUUUGGGAACUUUCAGGCCCUUAUAAAUGAGGCCCACUUAUGCCAAUGAGGCACCCGUCUGUGGUUUAGCCUGUGUGUAUUUGUAUUUGUUUUUAGGAGACCAGCACAAUGUGUUCAGUGAGCUUUCUGCACUUCGACGGCAGCUCCGCAGUGAACAGAAGCGCCUUGAGGGUCAUCUUCAACAGGGUGACUGGGAAGAACUGGACUCUCCUCUGAGUGACAGGUCUGACCCUGACAGAUGCAUCAGUUUAGCCUCAGUAUAUCACUUACAUGUUUUUAAUGUGAAAUUCAGUGUUUGCUGGACUUAGUCAAAUAGAACAUAAAAUCAUCAGUAUGGAUGGAUUCACUUGAGUUCAAAUGGGAUCAGUCUCUGAGUUUUACUCGUGGAUAUUAUUCCAGUUUGAAUAACCAAACAGUUUAACCUUAAUCCAAAUAUAUAAUUCUGUAGUUGCUUUUGGUGACAUUGAGAGAUUUGAGAACAGCUGAUAUUUGAUAUUUAUGAUUUUGGAAUGAAUUGUUCAAACACACUAUCAGACAGACGCUCACUUUAUCCAGCUAAUUGUUUUUAAGUCUGCUUUGUCAGUAUUUUUUAAAACGAAAACACUCAGUGUUAAAUCAGAUUAAUCAGCCGUCCAUAGUACAGUGGGUUGCCAGGUGAUGAAGUCAUAAAGAGACAAUCAACAUCCUGUAAAAAAACAAAAACUGGUCAGCUGUUUUUCUCCUCCUAGCCGUAAAAAUGAUAAAAGUCAAGAGUGUGAAUGAGUGUCUUUGGUGCUUCAUCAGUUUUGGUUUUUGACAUCAGUGUGUAUUUUGGUCAAUACUUGUCCAGAUUCCGGGGCCGUACCCCAGUUGAUGUGUUUGAUAUGGCCAGGCUGAAACUCCAGGCGCCUGUCCGAAGACCAACCUCCAGAAAUGCUGAGCCCAGAAACCUGCUGCGGAUCCAUGAUUCCCUCCAGCUAAAAUAUACAGGUAAAACACUCGCCAUAAAUUCUCUGUAGUCUUCUAUUUCAGACCAAUGUUACCAGCUGGGACUGCUUUUUUUGGGUUUUGUGAGUCAGAUGGUGAAUCCAGGCUGGGGUUUAGUGAUGUUCCCAAACUGGGAGGAGUGGGUACAGCCAACAGGAGGCGGCAAGACUUUGGGGAUCCUCACCACCAGUUCACCAGCCAGAGGUCUACAGUCCAAGAUGGUAAAAGCUGAAGGCAACAUUUUCAUCCUAUCGUUUUAUCUAAUCAAUCUAAUCAUGACUUGUGAUCCACUUCAGACCUGUGCAGGGAACCAGUCUGGAUAUGGGAUCAGGAUAUGAUUAAUAUGCACAACAGUGAUGCAGUUUAAACUCUAGACAAAUUUAACAGCACAUCAACCUGCCAGAAUGAAAGCUCAAAUCCCUCAAAUAUUUAUUUGGAUAGAGAAAUUUUGCCUACUGAAAAACUGAUGCCAUUGACUGUUCUUGGGUUCGUUGGCCCCUCUUCCUCUCAAGCUCUGUAGGAACACCUUUGCAAACAUUGGGUCUCACUCACAAAAGAAUGAAUUUGUUGAUUGUGAGCAGAAUGGAAACUUCAGCCAAACCACCAUUCAUCUAUGUUUCAGUAGGUCUGGUUUGUUUGUAGCUACUCACAAUAUCUACAGUUUGACAAAGUUUGACAAAGGGAAGUGAAGAACCGCUUGUUUUUAUCAGAAAUUCAUCUGCUAUGUUCACGAUAGGCGGAUACCUUUGAAACAUGUCAUUUAGAUGUGAUUUAAAAAAUCCACAUAAAACACGUUUUGCUUCAGAUAAGGUUAAAGUUGUUUUCACAUGUGUUUUCUGUGUGUUCACUGAUAAUCAAAUAUUAAUUAGUCAGUGCUGUGGCUCUGUGAGCUGACUAACUGACAAACUCUCUAACUCUCUGAGAGACGGCUGGUUUAUCUCUAAGAAUAUCACCUGUUUACAUCCCUGCAUGUUUACAGAGCCCUCAGGUGUCAGAUCAAGAAAAACAGCCACGUGCAGAUUCAUGCAUGUGCAUUCACAAGUCCACGUGCACAGGUUGUUAUCCAUACACACAGAUUUGUUGGUAGCUAUUUUUUCUUUUGCUUGGCACCUCGAGGAUCUGUACAUGUGCUUUAUCUGGAGGUCUAGCCUAUCCAUAGGAGACAGGGUUACCCACUGAAGCCGAGGCCUUUGACUCCUCUGACCCACCACACACACACACAGCAGGAGCUGUUUUUAAUGACACCCAAUACAGACUCAGACUGUUGGAGCUCCAGCAGAGAUCUGAAGGAGAGUAUCACACCUCCACUCACAGGAGAAAAUGAUUAUUUUUCUCUUAAUCCCACUUCUCCCAAAAUAACUUUUUUUUUUUCCUCCUUCUGAAAGUUUGUGUCUCUUUCUUCUCUGCUUCGUUUCCGCAGGAAAUACACAUGCACAUUUCCUUAUAUAGUAUUCGUUGUCUAUUCAUGGGCUGACAUUUAUGCUGAUUAGUGGCUAUCGGGAGCGCACUGUCACUUUAUGAUUGAUGGGCAUUCAUGAACGUACUCACAUGUCUAUGAUUAAGUCAGGAUUUUCAGCAGCCUUCAGUAUUUUAGUGUCAAUGACAGUUAUGUGUUGAUCUACUCAUAAAUGUUUCAUGAGUGAGAUCUGUGAUGAUUACAUCUCACCUCUCAUAUUAGUCAAGACUCCACACAUUAUGACAAACAAAGACGCCUUUAGCAGUUUGGCUCCUGUAGUAUGUGGCGUGCAGAGAUGUUUAGGAUGUCCACAGGGGCCUUGAAUAGUUUGAAAGCCGUUAAAUCAAUUAAGUGAAAAUGAAAUUCCACUUUUUUUUUGUCACUUCUGCAAUGUUAGUUAUUUAAUGAAAAGAUUGAAAUUUGUCACAUUUUGUUAGUUUUUAAUUUAGUUUGACAUGAUUGUCGUCAAUCAAGUCUUCUCAGAUUUGUACCUGGUAAUAUCCUGAUUCAUCAUCUGAAGAGGUCAAACAUUAACGCGCCUUUAAGUAUACACUGCUGUCAGCUUUGUCAAGAAGUGAAUUCUCAAAAACACAAAAUGAUGUGAGAAGCUGGAGGACAAUGAAUAUAAACCUGUCACUGGAAAAUAACUGUUAGGCAACCUGAAUAUAAUUCUGGCGAUUGUGUGACGGGAUGAGUAGAGUGAGAGCAGCACCAGUCUGCAUUUCAGUUUCACUUUUCUACAACGUACCUGGCAUAUUAUUAACAUUACAUACACAUAAUAACAAAACAUUAAAAUCAUAGCAAUAUUUUACUGCGUGUCUUUACAAAUAAAGCUGGACAUAAGCCGUUGGGUAAGUGUGUUGGUGUUAAAUGUAGGUUUGGAUGAAUGAGGCCAUUCGGGGCUUCUGUCUGAUCAUUCUCAUGGUCAGAAUUUCAUGCACAUUGCAAGAAAAAGUGUUCCAUAUAGUUGUGGAGAUAAAGGUUUAAGGCAAAUAAUUUUCCCUGGGGUUUUUAAUAAUUGAGUUACUAGAUUUACUUCAGGAACUGGUUCAGCCCUACAAGUCACUCCUUGGAUCCGGUUUUUGACUGGGUCCCAGGCUUCAGUUCGUCUGAGGUAUUAAGUUUAACGCUGUCGGUCUUUGUUUUUAGAUUAUUUGGAUCUGUCUCCACCACGGCAAAACAAUUUUGCGGUAAGUGAGAGGAAACAUGGAUUUGGUUUCAUCUGUUCUUCAGCUGCAAACUGUUGAAAGAAACUGUGAGUUAUUUGUGUCUGUUACAGAGGUCAUCACGAGGUUCUCUGCUGGAGUCCGAGAGCGCUUUUAUUGGUGAGCCGCCAUGGUUUUUAAACAUUGUGUAGUGUUGUGCGUAUUCUGAAACGUUGUAUAGCUGAGUUGAAUGGGACUCAUCUCUUAUGUGUUGUUUUCUGUUGUUUUUGAAGACCCCCUGGGAGAUACCUUUCCAGUACCCUGCACACCAGAGCUUGAGAAAACCCCUCUGUUGUCGGCCAGGGAGAGGAGGAGGGUGGCGAGAGAGACACAGCGCCCCCUGGUACACACACCUGACAGCACACAGACUUUUCAGAUUUUUGGCACAGUGAGGUUCAAACAACAAAAAGCAAGCGUGUAACGGGAUUCCCACUGAUUCUUAAAAAAUAAGGCUUCUGAUUAUCUUGAAUUUACGGAGAAGUUGCUGUGGGUAUUAAAUUUCAAGAUCGUGUUUCAGGCUAAUGAGGAGAUUGUUGUGUGGUAGCCAAGCAUUACUCAGACAGACUAUGAGCAGAAAUUAAACUGUUUGGCUGCAUAAUCCAUUCAUUUGGGGAGUUGGAUCCAGACCCAGAUGGAACCGAGUACUCUAACCACUUUCUCUCACUUCUACGUUAGUGAAAUUAGCAGCCUAGGAAACCACUGCCUUUGGCAUGAUGAUGCUGCUCAGCCAAUCAAAGCUUUAACACAGAUCAGCAUUAAGGCUGGACUCAGUAUUAUGAAGCUAACUGAGGAGACACCUGAGAGCAGAGCUGACACAGCAGGAGAAACCAAGUGAGCCAGGGAAAAGUAAAGUGGAAGAAGACAUGGCGUGCUCUGAAGUGAGAAAUGUGAACAGUGAAACAGAAACAGAUUCUUCCUGUGCACUGUGGAUUUCCUUAACAGAAAUUAUAACAAUAAACCACCUUUAUCCAUGACAAACUAAAAUACACCUCCAAUAACAAAACAUCAGAGCACUCUUUAAAAUCACUCAUAUUUUUCCCACUGUGGAUCGAACCUAUUUCCUUUUAAAGCAAUAAUGCAUUCUUGUAAUAAGCAGAGUUAUGUGAGGCUCGCAGUGUUCAUUGUGUGCUCCAUAAUCCUCUUUCUCCUCCUGCUUUGACGUUUUUAUAAACUUUUCCAGCAGCAUUUUUAUGAAAGUGCUACCAAACACUAGCUUAACCUCAGUUUAGAUGCGAGUUUCUUUGUUCACACUGUUAACAGCUCUGAGUUUAAACCUGUCACGUAACAGAGAAAAUUUAACAAGACGUUUUAUAGCGAUGACAAACAUUAAACAUUGAAGAUGAGGAUGCAGCUAGGAGCAGUGAACUGAGUGUCUGUUCAGGGGUGUUUUUGGACUUCCGGACAACAGAGGCUGAGUUUCAGUUUAAACUGUUAAAGCUACAUCUCACUCAACAGCAGAAACUGUGACAGCAGGGUAUGAGAGAUCACUUAAAACUGUUUGACUCUUCAUGUUUUAAGAGUGCUCAUAAUACAACUUAACAUGUUUCAUUUAUAUCACUGUGAUAUUAAAGUACCCUCUAGUACUAGUGGACCUUCUCAGCAACUCGACUACUGCAGUUCAGAAUAACCUGGCCACUCCAACAUUGUGAUGUUCAUUACCUUGGCUCGUGGAAAUUCUCUCUGACUUUAAAGUUAUUCUGAUUCCUCUAAGACAACAGAAUGUGGAUUUGGACUUGAUAGUGACCACAUUUUAUUGUAAUUGCCCAAUGAGGUAGAGAGGAGCUGAAGCAGAGCGUCACGCUCUCUCUGCUGAUCAGUGGGUCUCACAUGGACAGAAGUUGGAUGAGUUUGUUCAGCAGGAACACAGAGAGCACUGAGACUGAGCCCAGCUGAAGGUUGUUGAUGGCUUCAUGCUGUGGCACAUACAGAGACUUCUACCAAAGAGAUUUUGAUGCUCUGAAAGUCUUAAAUUAGAUUUUUUUAAGGGUCUUAAUAAGGUCUUAAAUUUGAACCUUUGGACAGCUUUAGCGCCAUAAUUGGCUAAAGCUUUUUGGUAUUCAUCAGGUCUGUAUUGGUUUCUCUUUGGUUGGUUCAGGAUCAAGGUCUCUCCUGCCAGCCCUUUGGAAAACAAGAUGACUACAGAGGCAAUAGACGGAAACAAGAGGCCGAGCCCGGCAUGGAGGGGAGAAGUCAGUACAGGACAAGAGGUCAGAGAAAUCUCAGUUGUUGUGGCAGCAUUACCAGUAUGACCUAAAGAAGUCGAUCUGCUGGUUGUUAUGUGUAAUUUUAAUUUGAUCACUUUCUUUAAUGACAUUGAAUGUAAUCAAAGCACCAGAGUGUUUUGUCAAUGAUGUCUCAACCUUAAAGCUACAUAUGGGUUUCUAUUGCUCUCAUGCCAAAACCACAUAAGAAAGCCUGCUGGAUGAUGCAGCAGGUACCUUGGUUUAGUAUUGACCUCUCAGAGUGUUUUUCUCUCUGCUCCUGUCCUCCAGAACCAGCAGAUCCCUCUGAUGAGAAUCCCUCCCCUCCCCGAUUCUCCUUCCACAAAUUAAACCAUCAACGCUCGUCAGAAACUGCUGCGAUGGAUCCCUGGACGCUGCCAGGAACAUCAGACACCGGGCGUGUGAUGACAUAGAAAUGUGUCCCCUCUAAUGGGAGGUGCCUUCCUCUUCACACAGACGACACCUCUCUUUAAAUCAUGAGAUAAUAGUUUGUUUUUUUUGGUCAAAUAUGAAGUACCUGUUUCAUAUUCUUGAUUUCAGAGUCUCAGUAUGACACGCCUCAGUUUGUUUAUGAGCUUUUCUAUUUCAUGAAUUAUUAAAUUAUGACAUGAAUAAAUUAUAUUUUAACUAAA